AUGCCUGGCUGUGCGACGAAAUGCCUUCAGGACAGUCUCAAAGCUCAGGACAAGUGCACAGCUACCGAUGUAGCCUGUAUUUGCGCUGAUGAGUCUCUGAAUGCCGCGAUACAGGGUUGCGUACUGCAGUCCUGUACCGUGAUUGAUGCAUUAGCUGCCCAAAAUGCGACCCAGGCCAUGUGUGGCGCUCCGGUGCGCGACAUUACACAUAUUACGCCCAUCAUAACGGGAACCUCUGGCGCUGCGGCGAUCAUUGGAGUCGCCGUACGUGUCUGGAUGUCAGGGCCAGACUUUUGGCUUGACGAUGCCAUGUGUGUGGCUGCGCUUGUUUUUGCCAUACCUAUGGCUGUUUUGGAGUUCCUCAUGUCAGGCCUCGGCUUCGGCAAGGACAUCUGGACGCUCACACCAGGUCAAAUAUACCGAAUCGUUCAAUACACCUGGCUCACGGAGAUAUUCUGGUUUGUUGCCAUUGGAUGUACGAAAUUGGCAUUCCUCUUCCUCUACCUCCGCGUGUUCCCGCGCCAGAAGCUCCGCAAAGCCGUCCAGGUCCUCAUCGGCUUGGGAGCGCUUAGCACGCUCAUAUUCACUGUCAUUGUCACGGUCAAUUGCCUACCAAUAUCCUAUAUAUGGACCUCGUGGGACGGCUUACACAAUGGCAAAUGCAUCAACUUGAACGCUUUUGUCUGGGCUCACGCGAUCAUCGACAUCGUCUUCGACUGUAUCAUCUUCGCGAUUCCCAUUCCUGAGCUCAUCAAGCUGAAGAUGAGUCUCAAGAAACGUAUCAUGAUCGUAGCAAUGUUCAGCGUGGGCGGAAUCGGAACCAUCGUCUCUAUCCUCCGCCUGCAAUCGCUCCUCGCUUUUGCCAACUCCACAAACGCCACCUGGGACAACUGCCCCACCGCUUACUGGAGCGUCCUCGCGUGCUUCGUCGGCAUCUUCUGCGCCUGCAUGCCCGCGCUCCGCAAAUGCCUCGCCUUCAUCUUCCCCUCGUGCUUCUCCUCCACCCAACAGAACUCCAACUACAAAGACUAUUCUGGCACGCCCAACGCGCGGCUGUCGACCAACAAAGUCGAAUCGAAACGCUCAAAGUCAAGAUCGGGCCUGGGUUCUGCGUUGCAGAGCUUUGGAGGGAUUACGAAGACGGUGGAUACAAAUUUUACGGUUACGAGGGUCGAGGAUGACGAGCAGGAGUUGGUACACAUGAAAACUAAAAGCGGCGCGAGAGCGCCGAGCCAUUGGAGCCUUGGAGAAGGUAGCGACAAAAGCGAUAGUGAAAGGCAAAUGCGACGCCCGAACUAG